AUGUAUGAAAAGCCCGUUUUGGCGAACAAUACACGAUCAAGGAGGAAUAUACAGGGGCCGUAUUCACAUAACAUUUCCGCUGCCGCAAUUCGUGACAGUUAUCGCCGGCGCGUGGAGACGGCAGCUCAGCAAGAUGAAGUAGAAAACAGCGUUGAUGCGCCUGAUCCGGAAGAGGAGGAUUCGGUGUAUGAGGAGAUUGAGGCUACGAGGAAACGGACGCGCAAGACUACCGCGGCCGCCAAAGCCAAAGCCAAGAAGAAGAGUAAGCGGUCUGCCGAUCAGGGAGACAGUGAGGAUGACGACGAGCUUCUGGGGAAAAUGAUGUACCAGAAGAAAAAGUCAGUGCCAGGGCAGCUAGCAAACUGCGAGAACUGCAGUAAACGGUUCACUGUCACGCCGUAUAGCAAGACUGGCCCUGCCGGUGGGCUGCUCUGCACGCAAUGUUCCAAACAACAGACAGCGGAAGAAAAGAAGGCGAAAGGAAAGACCCUCAAACCCUCGAAAAGGGGGCGUCGUCAGAACAAUAGCAAUCUGCUGGACGGUAUCGCACAGCGUGGGGCAUUCAGCUUGUUGGAAAUGUGCAUCAAGAAAGUGGCGGACAAUAUCCAUGGCAUUGAAGAGUUCGGGGACCUACCACAGACCCUUCUUCAUCGGCUGAGCCAGAUUCUUUCAAAGAGGCGCGCGAUGACCCCGAGAACAUUGGGUCUUUUCCUCCACAGCGAUGCUACCAGCAUUGACAUCUAUGAUUGCGCCAAACUUGAAACAGAAGAUUUCGAGAAAAUAUUCGCCUUUAUGCCAUAUCUUGAAAAGGUCAACCUCCGCUGUGCCAGCCAGAUCAAAGAUUCGACCUUGGAAUACAUCAUGGGCCGAGAGUCACAUAUCAAGCAGUUGCACCUUGAUUCGUGCAACCUUGUAUCCGAUGGAUGCUGGCAGAAGCUCUUCCAAACCUGCGGAAACAAACUGGAGAGCUUGAGACUCUCAAAUCUGGAUUGCUCCGUCGGGGAUGAAACUAUCGGGCUCAUGGUCCAGAAUUGCCCUAAUCUCCGUCGAUUGAAGCUCCGGGAAUGUUGGAAACCCGGAAACGAGUCGCUGAAGUCGAUUUCCACGUUGGCCAAACUCGAGCAUCUUUCCUUGGAUUUGAUGCAGGAAACCGAGUCAGAAAGCAUCACGCAGCUCAUCCAAAAGGUCGGGGCCAAACUGCAGACGUUGUCGUUGCGGGGGUUCAAGAAUGCAAACGAUGAGACGUUGGCCACGAUCCGCGAGCAAUGCCGGCGGUUGACCAAAUUCCGAUUUACAAACAAUUCUACCUGCACCGACAAGGGUUACGCGCAUCUGUUUACGGAGUGGCAGACUCCACCGCUAUCUUUUGUUGACCUCAGCGGAGCGCGCCACAUCGAUAACGCAAUGCCGGACGGACUAGAGGAGCCCGUUGGCCUUGCUUCGGAAGGGUUCAAAGCAUUGAUGCAGCAUUCGGGCGACGGGAUCGAGAGGCUCAACAUCAGCUCGUGCAGGCACGUGUCGUUUGACGCUUUGGCUUCCGUGUUCGACGGAAAGCAGAGGUAUGGCAAGCUCAAGGAGCUGGACAUCUCGUUCCAGACAAAGGCGGAUGAUUUCUUGGUCAAUUGCAUUUUCAAGAGCUGCCCGGCGUUGACCAAGGUGAUUGCAUUUGCAUGCUUCAACAUCCGCAACCCGCAAGUGCCCGCGGGGGUUGCGCUGAUUGGCGGGGUCAAGGCGCACAAUUCGAUUGCGGUUGAGGAUGGCCUGGCAGGUUGA